CUGUCCAAUAGCAGGAGACUUUUGCAUGAACGGUGGUACCUGCCUAUUUUUUGAGACUGUCGGUGAACCAGCAUGCAGAUGCGCGGAAGGCUUCACGGGUCUACGGUGCGAGACGAAGGACGUCAUCAGCACCGGAAGUGUGUACAAUCGUCGUAGGGCGCCCUUUUCCUGCAAACUGGGACUCUCGACCUCGUACUACUGCUAGCGAUAAUCGCGCGGGGCCCUUCGAAUGAGUAGACCCUUUUCGACCCAUACGAAGCACGCUCGGUCUAGUCGGUCGUCGGACAAAACACGAAAGUCCGCGAAAAAAAAAAGAGUCGUGAGAGGGCCAACGCGCGACCAAAGAGAAAGAAAGGAUCAGGGAAAUGGAGAUAAAGAGAGAAAGGGAGAUAGAGAGAAAGAGAGAGAGAGAGAGAGAGAGAGAGAGAAAGAGAGAUAGAGAGAGGAUCAGUUUAAAAAAAUAUAUGUUGCUAUACAAAAAUAUGGGCGAACGACCUUACGAUACAAUGAAAUCUAAAAGUGGGGAGGGCUAAAGAGGGAGAAAGAGGGAGAAAAAGAUAGAGAGAGAGAGAGAGAGAGAGAGAGAGAGAGAGAACGAGAGAAAGAGAGAGAGAGAGAAAGAGAACGAGAGAGAGAAUCACGUAGAUUAAACACGAAUUUCGGUAGCAUUUGAUCUCGGAUAGUCCGUCGGAAAAAGGAAAUAAUAAAUAAAUAAAUAAAAUACUUUUUACGAGGACACGAUUUUCUCAAAACUAACUAAUAUGCUUACCGUCAUUCGUAUCUUCUUUUUCUUCUUCUACUUCUACUUCUUCUUCUUCUACUUCUUCUUCUUCUUCUUCUUCUUUUUCUUCUUCUUAACUAUUCUUCUCUUAAACUACUUUUGCGACUUUUCUUUUCUAGAAAAAUUUCGCGUCACGAAACGAGCCUCGCGCUUCCGUAAAAAUUUUAUUUGGGAAACAGAGAGAGAAUAAACAGAAAAAAAGAGAGUGAGAGAGAGAGAGAGAGAGAGAGAGAGAGAGAGAGAGAGAAUGUUGUAUGCGUAGAUAUGCAUACGUGUGCUGCAGAAUGUGCAUGUGUGUAUGUGUGUGUGUGUGUAUGUGUGUGUUUAUGCGCGUGUUAAGUAAUACGUAUAUCCCGUGCGAGAGAGAGAAGAUAAAAAAGAAAAAAAAGAGGAAAAAGGAAAGAGAGAGAGAAAGAGAGAGAGAGAGAGAGAGAGAGAGAGAGAGA